AUGUCGGACUCCGUGGACCGUGUCUUUGUCCACGCCCUCGCCACAGUCCGUCGACUUCCUCGAACAGGCUCCUCACGGCCGCCUCCCUCCGCCCGCUUACGUCUCUAUGGCCUCUACAAACAGUCCAUGGAGGGCGACGUCGAAUCCAUCCUCCCUCGUCCGACCGUGCCCUCGGUUUCUCCAGACCCCAAUAACUCCAGAUCGAACAACGUCCACCGCUAUGCUUCUCGAGACCUGCGAGUACGAGAGGCCGAGGCGGAAAUCGAGAAAUGGGAUGCGUGGCACGCUUGUGCCGGCAUGUCCCGCACCGAGGCCAAGCGACGGUACAUCAGUACACUGAUUGAGACCAUGAAGGAAUAUGCCUCCGGUACGCAGGAGUCCCGUGAGCUGGUAUCGGAACUGGAAUUUGUCUGGAACCAGAUCAAAAGCCAAAGCAGCAGCUCAGAGGAUGAGGACGCCGAGUCGCCCACGAGACGGCUGGAGCGGGCCGGCCUGAGACAAACAACGAGCUUUGGAAGUCUGCCUCCGGGUCAAAGUGCACGAGGGGAGGGCGAAAGUUUGAGCAGGUUAAACUCCGACCCCAAUCGGUUGCGGGUCCUGUCACCGGUGUCGCAAGGGGGGAGUGACGAUAUCAUCGAGAGCGAAGAGGUGGACCCAGUAACCCAUGCGGUCAUCGGCCCUCUGUCUGCUUCACGGCGAGCACCUUCUGAUCCAGAUUGGCGAAGUCGCAUUGAAGACCACCUCCGGCAUCUAUCGACCGAGGUCGCAGCACUGCGAGAGCAACUAUCCGCAAACCACUUACUGUCCUCUUCCUCCUUUUCUCCUGAACUGACCUCUCGGCGGAGAAGGAUAUUCUAUCGAAUAUCAACGUGGGUCAAGUGGUUGGCAUGGGUACUCGUGCGGCAGAUCUUGGUCGAUGCCAGUUUGGUGUUCUUGUUCGUCAUCUGGGCGAGAUGGAAGGGGUACAGAGACCGCCGGGUCGAAGACUGGGCCAGGCGGCGCUGGAAGGAUGUCACAACAGUGCUGGCUGAUGUGAACGGGUGGUUGAGGGGCCUGGUGUCGGCGGAACAUCUUCGAGUUCUGGGGAGUUUCUUCCUGGCGCGCUACAAGGCCGAAGUAGCCGACCAAUUCGGCGCCGGUGCUGUGCUGAGGGAUGAGACCUGA